CUCCACUAUCCUUUUCGCCAGUUCUCGUUAUUUUCAGCUGUUUUCUUCGCCACAAAAGAAAAGUUGUUUGUUUUUGUUGUGGGUUAUAAAGGAGAUGGAGACUGAUCUAUCACCAAAGUUGGCGAAGAAGGUUUAUGGAGGAGAUGGUGGGGCCUACUAUGCAUGGUGCCCAGAAGAACUCCCCAUGCUGCGUCAAGGCAAUAUUGGUGCAGCCAAGCUUGCUCUCGAGAAGAAUGGAUUUGCCCUCCCCCGUUACUCUGAUUCUGCUAAGGUUGCUUAUGUUCUUCAAGGUUCUGGAGUAGCUGGAGUUGUCCUGCCUGAGAAAGAAGAAAAGGUUGUUGCAAUUAAAAAGGGUGAUGCUAUUGCGCUUCCGUUUGGUGUCGUUACAUGGUGGUACAACAAAGAGGACACAGAGCUUGUCGUCCUCUUUUUAGGCGAUACGAAAACAGGUCACAAAGCCGGUUCAUUCACCGACUUUUACUUGACGGGCAGCAAUGGAAUUUGGCGAUGUGCACGAUAUUAG